AUAAAUGCAAAAGUAGUAAGCUUGUACCCCUUGUAUUAUAUCGUUGUGGUUCUUCUUCCUCUCCUUCUCAAAACAAUUGAUUCAAACCCUUCUUCAAUUAAUCAUUGCCUUAUUAUUGUAUAAUUAUCAAUGAAGCGAGGCUAUCAAGAAUCUUCAUCAUCGAGUUCUUAUGGACCCCCUCAGUCCAAAUUUAAGUAUAAUCCUGAAGGUGAUGGACAAUUUCUUGAGGAUGAGAAUACUAAGAUAUUUGCAAGGAAAGUGGCUGAUCACUACAGUGCUAGAACGAAUCAGACACUCGAAGAACGAGAAGCUAGCCCUAUCAUUCACCUGAAGAAACUGAAUAAUUGGAUAAAGAGUGUGCUGAUUCAGCUAUACGCAAAAAAAGGAGACGCCGUUCUUGAUUUAGCUUGUGGAAAGGGUGGUGAUCUCAUCAAAUGGGACAAAGCAAGGAUUGGUUAUUAUGUCGGUAUUGAUAUAGCUGAAGGAUCGAUAGAAGAUUGCCGCACGCGAUAUAACGGUGACGCUGAUCAUCACCAGCGUCGCAAAAAAUUCUCCUUUCCUGCCAGACUCUUGUGCGGUGACUGCUUUGAGGUCCGUCUAGAUAAGGUUUUGGCAGAAGAUGCUCCAUUUGAUGUAUGUAGCUGCCAGUUUGCAAUGCAUUACUCAUGGUCUACAGAGGCGCGUGCCAGGCGGGCCUUGGCCAAUGUAUCAGCUUUACUUCGGCCAGGAGGCAUCUUCAUUGGAACAAUGCCAGAUGCCAAUGUCAUCAUAAAAAAACUUAGAGAAGCUGAGGGGCUACAAUUCGGUAAUAGUGUGUACUGGAUACGUUUUGAUGAAGAAUUUGACGACAAGAAAUUUAAGUCUUCAAGUCCCUUUGGCAUCAAGUACAAGUUCCAUCUAGAGGAUGCAGUGGAUUGUCCUGAGUGGAUUGUUCCUUUUCAUAUUUUUAAAGCACUUGCUGAAGAGUAUGGUUUGGAGUUGGUCUUUGUUAAAAAUUCGCAUGUAUUUGUGGACGAGUACAUGAAGAAGCCUGAGUUUGUUGAGCUCAUGAGAAGACUCGGUGCUCUGGGUGAUGGCAAAGACGACAAUAGUACAUUAUCACCUGAUGAGUGGGAGGUGGCCUACUUAUAUUCUGCUUUUGUGUUAAGAAAGCGAGGGAAACCCGAUCAAGCCCCAGUCAGUAGUAGAGACAAGGGUAAGAUGAACCUUUCAAAAGAAGAUAUCAUCUUCAUCAACGACCAACCUUAAUUAAUCAUUUCAAAAAUCAAAGAACUGGCCUUGCUGCAGUUUUGGCCUAAAUUGUACUACUGAAUUAUUUUUUAUGCAGCUAUACUUGAAUAUAUAAGGGGUGACUGAUUUUCAUGGCACUAGUCACCAUGGCAUUUUCUGA